GAAGGUCAACAGAAUCUUGAGUGAACCUAAAAAAAAAUAAGCAAUACUCGUCAACGCUAAACCAAAUCAACCCAAAACAAACCUUAUCCUCCGAUCUCUCUCUAUCUCUGUGAAGCCGCAACAAAUCUCCCCAUAUUCAUUUCAAUCGUCGUCGUCGUCUCGGUUUAGAUUUAGACGGAGGAGAAGAAGAGACAAUUAUGGCGGUUACUAUGAAACAUAUGUCGUUGAUCGUCUCUGCGUUAGGCGUUGUCUCCUUUGUUUUGGGAGUCAUCGCUGAGAACAAGAAGCCUGCAUCUGGGACUCCAAUAACUGGAAAGGGAGUAGUUAUUUGCAAAUAUCCAUCUGAUCCGACUGUUGCUUUGGGAUACCUCUCUGCUGCCUUUCUCCUUGCCUGCACUUUUGCUGGCUACAAAUCCUUGUUCAUCUCUUACAAGGGAAAGUCUGUUCCUAACUCUGCCUUGUUCAAAAGCACCAGCUUCUUUGUCUUCUUCAACAUUGCCUUGAUAACAUCUGGACUGGCCUUGUCUCUGUUGCUCUGGCCAACGAUUACAGAGCAUCUUCACUUGACCCGUAAUGUUCACCGCAACUUAGAGACCAGCUGCCCCACUGCUAAGACCGGUCUGAUUGGUGGAGGUGCCUUUGUGUCAUUGGACUCGUGCCUUUUCUGGUUGGUUGCUCUCAUGCUCGCUGAUAACGCCCGUGAAGACCAUUUUGAUGAAGUUGAAAACAGAAACAUCGAUGGAAACUCUUCCUCCAGGGAUGUUAAUCUCAAGAUUGAUGCUUAAGAGAGAAUGGUAUUGGGUUUUCAAUUUGUUUUUUCUACUUGUUCUAUUAGGAAAUGAUCAUUCGUUUCUUCUGGUUUCCUGCGACUUCUUUUUCAUAAAAAUGAUUUGCUAAAAUGUUAUUGAAUUCCAUCCGAGCACCUCGAUGCUUUGUGAUUCUUAAGUUGUACAUAAUUCUCGUGACUCAAGAUUAAAUAAUCUUUUCGUUAUA